ACAAUGGUGAUGCGCUUUUCACAUGCGCGCCACAAGAGCGAUAGAGCGUGUUGUUGCUGGGAGAUUGUGCGGCGGGUUUGAUUAUUUUGUAAUUUUUAUAUUUAAACGGCCCGCUAUCGUACGUUGUCCGUGUUGUUCCACAUGGGAAGAUUAACGGUGCUGUGGCGCGGUUUUGUCGAUCGAGAGACUGUUUUAAGGUGGAAAUAAUACAAAACACGGUUACGUUGUUCAAAGCAUCGGGAUCGGGAAAAUGGAAGCCGCCCAGAGCACCCAUACACCGUCACUGGAGCGGCAGCUGCAUCCGGCAUUUAGCGAGCUGAGUGAAGUGGCAUCAAUUGGAAGCAAUGGCUCUAUUCUGUUCGCAACGGACGAUUGGUUCGCUCCGGCCGAAUGGAUGCUUAAGGAUGCGGACCCAGUGUUUCGGCCGGACGAGUACACUUCCUUCGGCAAGUGGAUGGAUGGAUGGGAAACGCGACGCAAACGUACGCCCGGUCACGAUUGGUGCCUGGUGGAGCUUGGUGCUCCGACGCAAAUCGUCGGUUUUAUGAUCGAUACGGCAUUUUUCACCGGGAACUAUGCGCCACGCAUUUCCAUCCAGGGUGGCACGUUGGACGGAACGAUGAAGCGUAUGCUGCAGUCCUCUAUUCCCCGCAACAGCGAUGCGAACAUGGGCACUGGCCGUACUACGGAGGAACUAGGCAUGGUGGAGCUGAUAGGCACGGAGCAGUGGGAUGUACUACUGCCACGAACCGAGCUUAAGCCAGGUUACGAACAAACCCGCCGACAGUAUUUCAUCGUUAGCCCGACGAAAGCGAAACAAUCGCCGCCGGUCAAUCAUUUGCGUGUAAACAUGUAUCCGGAUGGUGGGAUCUCACGUCUGCGCGUGUACGGUACGGUCCGGUUAAACGUAAGUGACAGUCUAGCGGCAAAGAAACCGAUCGACAUGAUUGCGAUGCUCAACGGGGGUCGCUGUACCGGUUUCUCAAACGCACAUUAUGGCCAUCCACGGAAUUUGAUCAAACCCAGCCAACCCAUAAAUAUGGGCGACGGUUGGGAGACGGCCCGGCGGCUUGAUCGACCGCCAGUGCUACAGGUUGAUGGAGCGGGAAUUCUGCAAGUACCCGGGUGCGAGUGGGCCACCUUUCAACUGGGUGCCCCCGAAGGAUGCUGGAUAGAAUGUGUAUGCAUUGACACGAUACAUUUCAAAGGAAACUUCCCCGACAACGUAAGGGUGGAGUAUGCGAGCAAGGGCGAGCCGGAUGUGUGGAUACCGUUGAUGAACAGGAAGAAGUUGGGACCUAAUCAAACGCACGAGUUUAGAGCGGCAGAUUUGCAGGCCCAAGAGAAGGCUGCCUCGCUCGUACGCAUCACGAUUGCCCCGGAUGGAGGACUUUCUAGGGUUCGCAUUUUUGGAACGAUAGCUAAAAGGUAGAUCCCAUCUAGUAGCAUGCGAUUGUGGUUCGGUAUGAAAUUGUAAAAUAUAGUUUUUCUUAUAAAAGUCGAUUGCAUC